AUGUACAUCACAGAUGGAGAUGAUCUGGACAUGGAGGACAGUGAUGAUGAGCUUCCACCAAUGAAGUUCCUCUUAGACAAUAUCCAGAAGCAAACCACUGGCACCACUGAAUGUAGAACUGUCACAGAGAUGAGUGUUGAUGAGCCAGAAGAAAUGUUGGUAGAUGAUCCUGAAGACGUCCUGCGUUUAGUUGAGCUGUUGGAGGGAAUCUUACAGUGGAAAAUUACAAGCCUGACAUCACAGUCUCUUACAGUAAAUGUCAACCGGAAGAGGCAAGCAGUCCUGGGCAAGCAGCUUUGGAACAUCUUACAGUGGAAAAUUACAAGCCUGACAUCACAGUCUCUUACAGUAAAUGUCAACCGGAAGAGGCAAGCAGUCCUGGGCAAGGCUUUGGAACUUCCUGACUGGUGGUCACCUGACCUGUGUUUUUCAGUGGAGCCCGAGUUCAAGUACAUAGGGAACAUGCAUGGGAACGAGGUGCUUGGCAGGGAGCUGCUCAUCUACUUAGCCCAGUUCCUGUGCGAGGAAUAUCGGGCAGGAAACGAGCGAAUCACGCACCUCAUCCAUGACACACGGAUCCACAUCCUUCCUUCGAUGAACCCGGAUGGAUAUGAGGUUGCAGCCAGGCAGGGUCCAGAGUUCAACGGCUACUUAGUGGGACGUGGAAACGCAAAGGAGGUGGACCUGAACCGCAACUUCCCAGACCUGAAUGCUCUUAUGUAUUACUACGAGAGGCACAAUGGCCAAAACCACCACCUGCCACUGCCUGACAACUGGGAACUACAGGUUGAGCCAGAGACUUUAGCAGUGAUAAAAUGGAUGCAAAAUUACAACUUUGUUCUGUCGGCUAACCUCCACGGUGGCGCUGUAGUCGCUAACUACCCCUUUGAUAACUCUCGCGAACCCCGGAUAAGAGGCAAAACAUCUAACUCGGCUACCCCCGAUGAUAAAAUAUUCAAAAAGUUGGCAAAGACGUACUCCUACGGCCACAGCUGGAUGCAUAAGGGCUGGAACUGCGGCGAUUACUUUGAUGAAGGAAUCACAAAUGGAGCCAGCUGGUACUCUCUGUCUAAGGGGAUGCAAGACUUCAACUACCUCCACACAAACUGCUUUGAGAUUACUCUGGAGCUCAGCUGUGAUAAGUUUCCUCCAGCGACGGCUCUCGCCAGUGAGUGGCUGGCCAACAGAGAGGCUUUGGUGUCCUACAUGGAGCAGGUGCACCAUGGGAUUAAAGGCAUGGUCUAUGAUGAGAACAACAACCCAAUUAGCAAUGCUGUGAUCUCUGUGGCUGGCAUAAACCAUGAUAUCACCAGCGGAACGGAUGGAGACUAUUUCCGUCUGCUCUUGCCGGGUACCUACACAGUGACGGCUUCUGCACUAGGUUACCAACCUUUUACCAAAACAGUAACAGUGGGACCGGCUGAAGCUGUACAGUUGGAUUUCUAUUUGAAAGUUCAACCAAAAGGGAACGUUAAAGCUUAUCCCAACAAGAAAGGUUCAACAACAUCUAAAAGUCCUCCGACCAACCUUGGCCCAAGAUAAAGAGCAAGAACAGACAAAACAAGUCGUUGCUUUUCAAAACUGAAGAACAACAAAGGGAAACAUGGACACUCACUGUGUGCACACGAACCUCACUUUACUGUGUCAUGUAGAUUCUCUGUUGUUUGUAUAAAUGCAUAAAAGUGUUUUCAUUGUGAAAUCCAUAUAUUGCUCUCAUGUUCUUGUGGAGCAUAAAUAUAUAUGUAUGUCUUAUAAUGGCUUGGAUUAUAAAGGAAAUGGGAAAAGGUAGGUAAUGUACUGUAAA